AUGAGACAUCUUGUGGGCUGGGUGUCGCUAGCUGUCUGUAUGUAUGGACUGAAUGCAGGUGAGUGCAUCCUUUAUCCAUCUUUCUCUGCAGAUCCUCCAAUGUGUACCUUUCCUUUCCAAUUUGGAAAAAAGUACAUUUAUGAAUGCACCAAGGAAGGCUACAUUUUGAAUCGGAGUUGGUGUUCAUUGACUGACAAUUACAACAAAGAUAAAAAAUGGAAGCAAUGUUCUCCUUACAAGUAAGAUGAUGGGUCAAUGUCCUAUUAGCUGUGAAAGGAACAAAGCAUUAGGCUGGUGGGUGAGAAGUCUGAGCUCUAGAUCUCCUGACUAUGACUUCAUCAGGGGGCAGCAGACAUUUCCUGUAAAUUUGUCUCCUGUUGAGUACAGUGGGCUUAUGUGGUCAAAAAUCCUCAGCUUGGCUUGGGAGCACAAACACAGUCACAAAAUGACAAGUAUACUGGGUCUUUGGCAAAUCUGACAUGCUGGUUUCCAUUUCCACCUUUUUCUAAUGAUUAAAAU